CUAUUUGAUCUGGCACCAGAACUGAUUUAAGUCUGUCCUCAUUCUAGUUUCAAAAUUGCUCUGAGCUUUAGUGUGACAGUUACCCUGCUUCCUCUCCCUCCCCACCAUGGCCAAGGUCACUGAGAGCACAAAACUGUAUCUCUUGCCUGAAGAUGACCUUAGGCUGCUGGGCUGAGAUUUGUCUGAGUGCACAGCUAAUGCCCUGCCAGCACAGGUGUGGACUUGCAGGUGCUAAACAAGGUCCUAAACAAGUGAUACAACAACAGCGAUGAGUUUCUGCAAAACAUCCACAAGAAGCUGAAAGCAUAAAAGGUAUCUGCCCCAAAUGAUGGAACUGACAGCCAGAUGCUGGUGGAACACAUUGCAGCAUGUGAUUGGAAGAAGAUGAUGGUGGUUUCCAGUGAGAGAAUAUCGUGUUUACACAAUUUAGGCAGGAGUACAUCCAAGAAUUCUUACUCCAUUUCACUGCUUUUUGCUGGUUGUAAACAUAGAAGCUCUUUUAGGAACAGGCUCUGCAGUAGAAGCGGAAGUUUAGCAGGGAUCUAAAUGAGGUUGGGACUCAGAGUACUGUGUCCUAGUCACAAAGAGAGGCAGAGACGCAGAGGGGACUGUCGGCUGGUGCAGGCGGAACCAAAAGAUAUUUAAUCAGCAAUUAGAAACACCUGAGGGCAAGGGAAAUUCUACUCCAGCCUCGAGCUUUAUCUCUCAGCCUGCAGCAUGACCCCUGCCUCAUUCACUGCAUACGAUGGACAUGCUCUGAGAUAAAUCAGAGUUGCACAAUGAAAAAGACCAUCUGUAGGACCCCUGCCUCAUUUGUCAGACAGCAAGAUGCAGCACGUGUGCUGGGUGGCAGCCAUCAAUGAGAGCUGGUUUCCCCAUGGGAUAUGCAGACCUGGACUAUCAAAGCUGCUUGGCAGAAUGGCGACAGAGGAGCGGCACCUCUCCUCCAGCUGUGGGUCCUUCAUCAAGACCGAGCCCUCCAGCCCAUCUUCUGGCAUCGACGCCAUCAGCCACCACAGCCCAAGUGGCUCCUCCGAUGCUAGCGGUGGCUACGGCAUCGCCAUGGGUGGCCACCCCAAUGGCCUAGACUCACCACCCAUGUUCAACGGCACAGGGAUUGGUGGUGGGUCCUGCCGCAAGCGUUACGAUGACUGCGCCAGCGCCAUCAUGGAGGACUCGCCCACCAAGUGCGAGUACAUGCUCAAUGCAAUCCCCAAGCGGCUGUGCCUGGUGUGCGGGGACAUUGCUUCUGGGUACCACUACGGUGUGGCUUCCUGUGAGGCAUGCAAAGCCUUCUUCAAAAGGACUAUUCAAGGGAAUAUUGAAUACAGCUGCCCAGCCACGAACGAAUGUGAGAUCACGAAACGGAGGCGCAAGUCCUGUCAGGCCUGUCGCUUCAUGAAAUGCCUCAAAGUGGGGAUGCUAAAAGAAGGUGUUCGUCUGGAUCGAGUCCGUGGAGGCCGUCAGAAAUACAAAAGGAGACUGGAUUCUGAGAGCAGCACUUAUCUGAGCUUACAGAUCCCUCCCCCAGCUAAAAAACCAUUGACUAAGAUCGUCUCCCAUUUGCUGGUGGCUGAGCCAGAGAAGAUUUAUGCCAUGCCUGAUCCAACCAUGCCGGAGAGUGACAUCAAAGCCCUGACAACCCUCUGCGACCUGGCAGACAGAGAGCUGGUGGUGAUCAUUGGCUGGGCUAAGCACAUCCCAGGGUUCUCCAACCUCUCCCUUGGGGACCAGAUGAGCCUCCUGCAGAGCGCCUGGAUGGAAAUCCUCAUCCUGGGCAUUGUGUACCGUUCCCUGCCAUAUGAAGACAAACUUGUCUAUGCUGAGGACUACAUCAUGGAUGAAGAGCACUCUCGCCUGACGGGGCUGCUGGAGCUUUACCUGGCCAUCCUACAGCUGGUGCGCCGCUACAAGAAGCUCAAGGUGGAAAAGGAGGAGUUUGUCACACUCAAAGCUCUGGCCCUUGCCAACUCAGAUUCCAUGCACAUAGAGGACAUGGAUGCCGUGCAGAAACUCCAGGACCUUCUCCAUGAAGCCCUGCAGGACUACGAGCUGAGUCAGCGCAACGAGGAGCCCCGGCGAGCGGGCAAGCUGCUCCUGACCUUGCCCCUCCUGCGGCAGACAGCCGCCAAAGCUGUGCAGCACUUCUACAGCAUCAAACUUCAGGGCAAGGUUCCCAUGCAUAAACUCUUCCUAGAAAUGUUAGAGGCAAAGGUCUGACAGCCCCAGCGCCAGCUGACAGUGGCCGGGGAACAAACAACUAGAAACAAAGAUGCAGACAACGGAGCAGUCCAAACAGCAGCAGCAGUCACCGCCGGCUUUUAUCUCCAGUCAUUUAUUAUGGAAGAAUUAUUUAAUGUCUAUCUGCCAGCGUGACUGCAGAAUCUCGUGUACAGAAGGGGGAAACUUUUAAUCAGUCACCCGUUUCUCUUGUUUUUGUUUUUCUCUGUGGCAAGUACCAGAAUAUGCUCUUGCACUUGUUGAGGCGGUCAUCGGGGCUCAGCCCCACUGAGCAGUGAUGCUCUCGGCACUGUCCAGGCCGCCUGCUCCCCAGCUCCCUCCGCCUGUGCUUGAGGGGGAGUGGGAACAGAAGCAGGAAGAGAGGAAGAAUAGAGUCAAUAUAAACAUUAUCUGCUGGUGUUGUGAGGGGUCAGAUAGAAAGGGAAGCAGCCAGGGUCCUUCUUUUUGUCACCUUUCUGGCUCUUACAUAGAACAGAUGCUCCUUUGGAGAAGAGCACUGCUGGAACUCUGCUGAUCAAAAUGGCUGCUCCCAGGCCACCCCUCUAGCAGCAGCUAACACUUGUACAUAGAGGCCCCACUUCUUACCGGGAAAGAUGCUCCUAACUGUGUAAGAUAUUCUGCGACCUUGUACAGUGUGUCAUUACGCCUGGCUACUCCCUCCCAUGUACAAUCCCUGCAGGCCCCUGAAGAGGUAGGAUAUAUGUCCCUGAGAGAAUGCAAGUCUGCUUUCCCAAAUGGCAAGGAAAAAAGAGCCCUAUAUGAUGCCUCAGAGCUGGGUUGACUUGAUAAUCUCUGCAUCCUCUCCUAUGUGGUGCUAACUACAAUUCUUCUACACUUUUCACCCUAUAGUGUAUCAAACCUGCCUCUCCAGCUCAGCUGAGUGCCAUUUCCCACUUCUUCCAGACAAGGCUUUGUCUGCAUGGUUACUGCCCAAGUAUAAAUGCACCCCAAAACAGAGCUUUCAUAGACCUCAUUAAAGUGAUAGCUUUUUGCCUCCACAGAGACUUAGGCUUAUUGCCAAAUGCUAGUUAGGAAUCAAGGGCACUGCUUUUUUGAGGAGGCAGCUCUUGAGCCUGAGAGAUUGCUUUUCUGUGGCAGCCUAUGGAAAUAAAUUAGAGGGUGGCAUGAAACCCCUGAUAUCCCAACUACUGUCUUCCCCUGCCUCAUCCCAUUGUCCUCAACAGCAGCAAAAGAGCUAGCACAGAUGAUACCGGGGCCUGGUAAGAGGUUUUCUCGUUGAUGGAAAAGCAAAUACUUGACCUUAAGGUGGUGGGAGAAGUGGGGGAAUAUUUAUUUACCUGUCUCAUGUAACCAGGUUCCUGCUGUCUCCAAGCCCUGGUUAAGAUUUGCUGCAUUCCCGGUAGCCAGAGGGGAAUGUGGGUGACUGCAAAACUGGCUGUUGGCAUUCUCUAAGAUUUUAUUUUCGAGGUCACUUUAGUUUUGACCCAGCCUGAGCUGAUGAAACCUGAAUGUAUUGUCUGUUUUGUGGUCAGUGGCAUGGCAGUACCAGUGAGAAAAAGCCUCUGAUAUACAUUCGAGACACCACUAGCUUACUGCCUCUGUUCCCCUCAAGCUUUCCUAGCUAUCCCAGAAGAAAGAUGGUGUGGCAGAGGAGUAGCUUGCCCCUGGCAGGAAGCCCUCCAAAGCAGGGUUGAGGCAUGUGAUCAGGGAGGCACUGGGUGCCUGUUUUCUUUUAGAAAACAGUGCGUUCCAGUAGGGCUGUCAGUGCUGCAGAACAGCACCCAGGCUAGCUCAGAGAUGAGGGGCGCUAACUGAUGCAGACCUUUCAGCUCUUGUAGCCUGGCGCUUGAGUUGGUUCAGUUCCACCUCCUUUGGGUUUUCCUACACUACACAAUUGUAGCUACUUUUAUUCAAUUUGUACUCACUUGUUGAAGGAAUUCAGUUUGCUUCAGGCACAUUAGUAAACUGAGACCUAAGGAGCAGAAGGCACAUGGGAGCUGAGUCUGCUUCCAUGAUCACAGCAGUAGCAAUUAUAGAGCUCCCUUAUGCUUUGAACAGAUACUUGUGUUUCUCUCCCCAGCUGCCUCUGCGAGGGAGCUGGUGAGAAAAUGAGAGGCUUUUGGUUGCCUGUAUCCAUCUGUGACUGAGAGGGACCAAAACAAAAUGCACGCCACCACUAGAGAGCCAGCUCGCUAUGUGCUGCACUCUGGCAACAAUUCUGACUCUGGCAAAAAUGCUCUCACAAAUGUGCUGGGUUGCACUAUCACCUGUAAGUUUGACUCAUUUGACCACUGUUGCUUCCCUGCCAAGUCCUACCCAGCUCGCCAUCAGCCUACUGUGUCCUGACCUGCUGUGCAAAGAUAGCUGUCCCAAAAUAGAAGAAAAGAUCCUAAAAAGCAAUUCUUACUCUAUUGGGCCCUGCCUGGAAAGGCCACAUACUUACAAAGAAAAAAGGCUCUUCCAGCUUUGUUGUGUUUGGCCCCAGGCCUGCUUUCCAGAAUGCGGAGGGAGAACUACCUACUGAUACCUACUAAAUAAUGAUAAUGAAGAGCUGCAGAGUUAGCUUCGAGCCCACAGAGAAUGCUGGCUAUUUAGACUAGGGCUGUGGCAUGGAGGCAACUCCUGCCUUGGCAGAACAGUAUGAAGAUACCAAACACUUUUCUUUUUCCAGGACCUUCUUUCUCCAACACAGUUGCAUAACCUUGGAGCCCUCCUGGAUAUCCCCCACUUCUUGAAGAUAAUAUGCCUGGAAAUGUUUGCAUUGCUUCUCAAAUAGGAUGGGAACUGAAUCAGACAGUAAUUAUCACACAUUAAUCUCUUCAAGCAAGGAAUGCAAACUCUCCCCCAGGAACUGGGACAGAAACAUCUAUUUAGAUUUAACCCUUAAAAGUCUUGUACUAUCUUAAAUUGUGAACCAGGUCAGCUCUGUUGGGCCCUUCCACCAGUGCAGGAAUCAUGCGUAUCUCUUCACAGUUAGUUAUUCUGAUCUGCUGUGCAUCACUAAUACUAUCAUGCUGCCACAACUGAGGAGUAUGUCCAGCUACACAGCAAGCUGGGCUUGCAGAGGACAGGAACAUUGUUGUGUAGUCCUAUCAGUGAACUUAGAAGUAGGAAAUGGGGUGUCAGCAAAUGCUUUGGUCUUUGAAUACUCACAGUCUCUUAAUACCGGGGGUGUGGAAGUUGAGACAUGAACUAGGAAAUGGGUUGGUGUUCUUUAUGCUGUUCAUUUGUAAUCUAGGAGUCACAGAGUCAGCACCAUAUAGCUGUCCUUCUUCAUGGUGUAAAAGAUAAUGGAGCUUGAGCCUUGGGACAUAAAUGGGCUCUAUGACUCAAAGCAAAGCAGAAGAGGUAAGUAAGCGUAUCAGUAACAGCUAAUAAGCACGAAGCCCAUGUCCAGCAACUAUGGUAAAGCACCCCCAGCCUCUGAUUUGCAUGUGUGGAUAACAGAAACCACAUACCUGUCAGCUGCUACAAAAGGCAAUACUUCCCAAGUGACCAGCUCUUCUGUUUCGGGCACAUUCUUCUCUGGGAACAGUGGUGUCUGGCCUGUAAUGCAAACCAAAUUUCAUGGGGAUCAAUUAAAAGAAAAGGUACAAUACCACACAGAAUUAGGUUUCUGGGGAAACUUGGGCAUUACACCUCGCGGCAAAACUGUGAAGCUACAAGAAAUGCCCCCCCAGUGAUCAGGCCCUUGCAGUAUUGCUCGUGCUGGGGCUGGGGGGGGGGGGUGUGUGUGUUCUUUUCUCUUUGCAAACUAUGUCAUCCUUUUUUUAAAGAAAACCCUAGUACAAAUAUAUAAAAUAAAACAUGCUGCACCAGAAACAUGUAAGCAGCUGUUAGAGGGGAAAGUCAUUGAGAAAGACCCUAGAACGUAACUUGUUGAGCUUCUAUUACCAAUCGGAGCUGAGAGAAAAAGCUUCCACUUUGUAUCCACAAGCUAUAAUCAAUCAUAUGGCCAAAGGCCACUCUGUUGUUCUUGUGGCUGGGUUAUAUGGAGAAGCCAGAGAAACAGAGGCUGUGAGAAUGAUGCAGAGAGUUAUAGACAGUCAGUGAAGUAAAAAGUAAACCAGUAUCUACUUAACUAUUAUCUGCUCCUAAAGGAAAAAGAGAAGAAGAAAAAAAUGUUAAAUAAAUUGUAUUCUUGUGGUACAGGUCAUUUCAAACAAAACAGAAAUAAAACACAGAAUGUAAAAACUAA